AUGUCCCGGAGUUUCCCAUCGUCCCGGUCAUCCUUGACAUGGCGGCCUGUCGUUUUGCAGAUGCCGAUUUUCCAAGGAGGCGCCUCCGCCAACGAGGGUGCCACGGUCAGCCGCGAGAGCGCCGUGGUUGGACCUCAAACGCACCGUUUGCCCAAGACUGUGAUGUGGAGCAUAACCAUGCUCACCGCGCUGGCUGUAGGUAUGGCCAACUUCGGGAUGAUUCUGGCCAUCCAAUUCCUUGUCCAGCUCAAGUUCAGGUCCAUGCAGUCGGCCCUCCACAGCUCAGGCACAUGGCCUGGCGUGGUGGCCCUUGCAGGCAUCUCUACCGUCUACGCCCUUAUGGGCGUUUGCCUGAUCCAGCGCUUUGCGCCAAGCUGCGGCGGCUCCGGCAUCCCCGAGAACAAAGCCUUCCUCAACGGGGCAAUCAUGCCAGGCCUGUACAGCCGGCGAACGCUGGGAAUUCGAAUUUGCACAAAUAUUUUGGCAAAUGCCGCUGGCUUCCCUGUUGGGCGUGAGGGCCCCAUGGUGAGCAUCGGCAGCAACAUCUCCUUCCUCCUAUGUCGCCACUUCGUCCAGCCGUAUGUCCGCGAGUGGGUAGACGUCUCAGGGCCGGGCAGCGCGCAGGCCCUACUCGUCGAUGAGCAGCGGCUGGCACAUGCAACUCGAAUAUCAUGCACUGUGGGUGGAGCUUGUGCUAUUGCCUCCAUCUUCAAUGCUCCAUUUGGGGGCCUCCUCUACAUGUUCGAGGAGGUCACGUCCCUUGCUUGGCCACUGGAGCUGACCUUCCGAGUUUUUGUGGCCACCAUGUUCUGUUCGCUGCUUUCUUACGGCCUCUGCAACCUUGUGGGCUCUGACAUUACAGAGUUCGUGAUCUACGCAGAAACGCCGCAGGAUAAGAAGUGGGCCUGGGGUGACGUACCCAUCUUCGUAGUCCUGGCUGCAGUGCUGGGGGUCGCAACUUCCCUUCACACCCGUGCAAUGCUUGCUGUGUCGGAGUGGAGGCGAGAGAUGCGAUCUCGGUGGCAGCGCCUGCAGCCCUGGGCGGUCAUCGUGGAGACGUCCUUGUACGCGUCCUUCACUGCCUUGCUCUCGAUGCUUGUCUCUCUCAUGGCCUCGUGCACGGAGGAAGGCCAAUCUGGGUUGGAGUACGUGGCCCUGAACUGCCCCGAGGGCCAGUACAACCCCAUCGCCUCGCUGCUGGUGGCCACGUCUCACAGCUCAGUGAAGCUGCUCUUCUCUGGCAACAAUGCCGGUGAGAUCCAUGCGGCCUCGAGUUUUUUGGCGUUCUUGACAUACAGCUCGCUGAAUAUAGGCCUAGCAGGGCUUCCGGUGCCCGGCGGAGCCUUUACGGCUACCAUGCUCAUGGGCGGGCUCUUCGGUCGCUUCGCCGGUUCUCUUUGUGGAGACCUGGGACUGUCGACCUCAGUUUCAGGGGUCUUCGCUGUCGUGGGAAGUGCCGCAAUGUUGUGUGGCUUCAAGCAGAUGACGCUGGCCUCGGUUCUGAUUGUUGUGGAGUGCGUGAAUGACUUGAGCCUUGCCCCCAUCGUCAUGCUCGGCGUGGCGGUGUCCAUGGCAGUAAACUGGGCCAUGAACGAGCGAGGCCACGACGAGGAGGUGAUUCACCGGCGCCGACUUCCCUUCCUGGAAGGAGAGCCACCGCGGGCCCUCGACGCCCAGGUUGCCCUCGAUCUUUGCCCCCUUCUGCCACACGAUGCGGUGAUGCCGCCCGAGGCAACGAUGCUCCAGGUGCAGCGAGCCCUGGACCAUCGCGAUGUUCACUACUUUCCGGUUAGGGAUGAUUCCGGGCCGUGCCUCGGCAUAGUCUCGCGGAGCCAGCUGGAGACGUUGGUCAAUCCUGCGAGGCCUUUCUCGAGCUUUGCUGCCCAGGGCGAACAUCUCUUCCUCGACACCGACAUUGCAGCCGAUGAGGGGGCUGCAUUGCCUAUCCAUCGGAUCAUGGACCCUACCCCCUUUGCGGUCGUCGAGGACGCAGCUAUUUUUCGUUCGACCGCGCAAAAGCCCACAAAAUUCAUCCCACCACGGCCCCAAAGCCCAGCCCCAAGCAAGCAGACUUACAUGUGGAACUUAUCGUCUUCAGUUAUUUUAGAUCCGAGAACUAUGCUGGAUGAAAGCCUUGGGAGGACAUGCCGGUGCCACGGCUCUAUGCCCUCUUUGCCAAGGCAUGGGCGGAAUAAGACUAACUGCUUGUCUAAAUGCUGUUUCUGUGCCUUCUCUCGGGCUUCGAAGGCUUUUUUCGUGUAG